AUGAACCCUUGGCUGACCGACACCUCCUCGAAUCCAAACAAUCAUGUUGGCUUUGGAGGCCCAAUGGAUGCUGGCAUGUCUUUCCUGCAACCUCCUCAGACGAUAAAUCCCGCCCAAUUUCAGAAUCCCGCAUUCCUCAAUGGCGCCGCCCGAACCACCUCACCCGCCUUUCACAACCCCAUCUACCAGACGAACCCGGUGAUACCUUCCAAAAGAGCAAGAGAAGAUAGCUUGGUCACCUCACCGCGCCAGGCGCCUGGCGGCUUGCCUGGUUCGCGAUCACAGACUCCAGGACAAGUCCCCUUUACCGGGUUCAAUCCUCAAGCCAACGGUGUACCGGCCAUUUCAAAUGCUCCCACACCGUUUGGGCAUCUCCAAGCUGCAUCUAAUGCCUCUCCAUCUCCUACCAUACAACAGCUGAGCCAUUUCGCCUCAACCCAGGGCAAUCAACGCGUCGCGACGACGUCUCCCAGUCCGUUUUCUCCUCAACAUGGUCCUCCUCACGCUUCUCCCGCUCCUUCAGACCAUGCGAGUCGCGUUGGCACGCCCCAUGACAAUCCUCAAAACUUCAUGCCAAAUGGCGUUUUUGCGCCAGGGUUCAGUCAACCUCAGUUCGGUCAGAAUAUGAACAACGGGAUGCCACCGGUCGGGAUGAACCCCCAAAUGAACAUUGCGGCGCAACACCCAACUAUGGCUGCAGCUCAGAGAAACUAUCAAAUGCAUCUCCAGGCCCAAGCGCGUCAAAUGCAGGCCCAAGUACAAGCUCAAGGCCGUGGCAUGAACGGUACGCCAGCCAAUCCUAACCAACCGGGUACCAACCCACAGUUACCGCAAGGAGCGUCAGCGGCAUUUCACCCUGCCAGGCCAAACAAUCCCGAAGAUUUCAUAAGGGGUCUGCAACAAUUCAUGGCCGCACGUAACCGCCAGGUUGAUCUGAAUCCGGUGAUAUGCGGUCGGCAACUGCCCUUGUUGCGGCUAUACGCAGCUGUGGUGAAAAACGGAGGCUCACAAAGGAUUUCGAAACUAAACCAGUGGGCUGCGGUUGCGCACCAGUUUGGCUUUCCCCCGCCACAACAGAUGCAAGCAGCUCAAGAGCUCCAGGCGUACUGGAUGAACAAUCUAGCCCCGUAUGAAGCUGCAUGGCAGCUGUCGCAGCAGAAGCAAAAGAUGGCAGCCCAAGCGGCGAUACAACCCCCAACUCAAAUGUCACCUCCGCGCGAUCAACCUCAAGACCCUACCCACCAGAGAAGUGCGUCUGCCAACACACCAGUCGCCCAACCGCCGCAGCACCCUACCGCAAAUGGAUUUAUGCAACCUCCACACGCUCAAGCGCCACAAGAUCUUACUUCGGCUGUUCAACACCGAUCGAGCGCAUCACGACAGUUCGAUCCUCAACAGAUUGCUGCAAUCCAGAGCCAGGUACAGGGUCAAACGCCCCAGAAGCGACCUCAGACGAGUGGGGGAAAGAUCCCAGAACCCGAACCGGACACGAGCAAGCCUUUAUCAAAGCCGAUUGAAGAUCCUUUCAAGCCUGAUGUUCUCCCUCCCAGCAGAUUCCAUGGGCCAGUCAACGUGGAAGAAAUGUUCAUCAUCGGCCAACAUAUUGCGGAAUCCAAACCCUUUGUGCCCUCUAUCCGAGAGUUGGGUGUAAUUGACAUCCAUGCUUUGACGAUGGCUAUCAAGUCAGGAAUGCACGCAGAAACCCGGGUAGCACUGGACACGCUUGUUACCCUUUCAAUGGAAUCUGCGUUGCCACUGGCAUUGAGCGAAUGCGAUGAUCUUGUUGACACCCUACUGGACUGUGCUCAGGACCAGGUCGCUUUCCUCAGCGAACACGCCACCGAAGUCUCGGACGAAAUGUUCCUCACCUCAUACGAAGAUCUCGUCCGGGCCUGUCGCAUCGAGAACGAGUCUUUGCAGGAUGCCCCCGAGUUUGGAACGGUCGCCUAUGAUCUUGAAAGAGCCGCGGAUCGCCUGAUUUGUAUCACCACCCUGUUACGCAAUUUUUCCUUCUACGAAGCCAACUUCCUCCCACUGGGUCAACCUGAGGUUGUCAAGUUACUGAGCACAGUGAUUCGAUAUCUUGGCACCACGGAAAUGUUCCUGCGACACAACAGAAACACUCUGGAUUUCAUGAAAGACGCGGUCAUCUACUUUAGUAACUUGUCGACCUUGCUUCAGCUUCCUGGGAAGGAAGAAGCCCUUUGUGUCCUGCAUUUCCUUCUUGCGUUCGCACCCACCCCACCACCUACCUCAAGCUCUGCUACCAAGGUCUCUUUCGUCCCAUACACGCCCGCUCUACACAAAUAUAUGCCUUCCGCUGUCGAUAGCCUCGCCAAGCUUCUGGCGCGAGACGAACCGAAUCGGACAUACUACAAGGCCAUCUUCGCUACCGAUGCGCACUCGAGCCCUCCGUACGAGCUAUUGACGAGGGCAUUUGGACUCGCUAUUUCUUCAAUACCAGCAAACUCAAGCCAUACUAGGACACUCAUCGAAGCACGGAAACCUUUCCUCCUGCAGGGAAUGUUAGCUGCAGAGAUCUUGGCGGGUCUUGCUCCGGGCUCAGAUCAUCCAUUGGCGCGCUCAUGGCUAGAGUCAGACGAUGGUUUUGCAGGCAAUCUUCUACGGUUGGUUGGUUUACUGAGUGCGGACCGGUCGACUCAGACCGCUCCCAGACACCCACCACCAAAUAGCCGAAAUAACGCCUUUGAACCCGACGCCAAUGGCUAUGGGGCAAUCGCAAAUCGUGCUAUCGCCGUAUUGAAGACUCUGGUGCAAAAAGCUCGAAGAACUGACGAAAGCGGCUCUACAAUCGUACCGUUGGGCAUUAUGCCGAGCAAAGAGUCCUUGCUGGGAGCAAUGAUACAGAAAGAUAUUGAUCCCGGCAUUCUGCGACAACUUUGUGUUUAUGCUGGUUUAGAGGAUUAG